AUGGCGUAUGUAAAAAUUAAUGAAGAGCGACUGAUUAGCCUGGUGCAGGAAUGCCGGCUAAUUUGGGAUUUAGGUGAUCCGAAGUACAAAAACAACCGGCUAAAGAAAGCAGCGUGGGAUGAAAUCGGAGGACAGUUGAAUGUACCCGGUAUCGUGGCCAAAAAUAAAUGGCGCGGCUUGCGCGAAGUUUUUUCGCGCAAGCUGGCAGAAACGCGCCAGCCAUCUGGGUCUGGAUACAAACACAUCCGAUGGAAGUUCUUCCACCAGAUGAACUUCCUGAAGGAUAGUUUGGCAUCCAGACCCAGAAAGGAUAAUCUGGAAGCAGCCGUCGAACAAGAAAGCGAGGAAUAUUUGGAGGAGUUCCUCGAAGAAGAGGAUCGGAUUGACCACGCUGGGGGGGAGACCAGCAACAGCGGUCUCCUACCUAUCCCCAAGAAUGACAAACAGCCGUCAGGGCAAACAUCGGCCGGCCGGUCAAGGCGCGAAACCGACGGUGCCCUUCUCGAGGAGCUGGUGGCCCUUGAGAAGGAGAGGCAUGCGAUGGUAAGCAAAAAGAGUGGCAACUACCAUGCCAUGAUGAGUUUGGUCGAGCUCAUGGACAUGCUCACCGUGGAGGACCAAAUAGACGCGCGGGAGGAGAUUCUGCGGUUUGGCCACCGCGUAUUGAAAGAGAAAUUGAGUAGUUAUAAGCAUAAUACGUAUGUGGAUUUGGCGGCAUAUCGCAGACAAUUGCGCAAAAACUUGGACCCUAUGAGUUUAUCGGAUACAGCAUUCCAACGUAACUUCCGCCUGAACAAAACCUUGUUCAAUCACGUUUUGCAGAUGAUUGAAUCGGAAAUCACACCACAUCACAACAGAGGACUUUCGGCAAAGGAGAAGUUAGCGGCAACGUUGAAGUUUUUGGCUCAAGGGUCUUACCAACAAGGUGUUGGUAAUGAUUUCACCGUACCGAUGGCACAGUCGACCUUUUCGGAAGUCUUAGAUGAGACUUUGCGAGCAAUGGAGAAGGAAUUGGCACGGUACAUUUCGUUGGAAAUGACGGAAAACGAAAAGAGCGAUGCCGUAAAUUACUUCUACCAGAAAUCAGGUAUCACUGGCGUUGUAAUGUGCGUCGAUGGUUCCCAUGUGAGAAUUCUUGCUCCUCACGACAAUCCUGCGGCUUACUACAAUAGGAAAGGAUAUUACAGUUUAAACGUGUUGAUGAUAUGCGACAACAGGAAACUUAUUAGAUUCGUCGAUGCAAGAUUCAGCGGCUCCAACCAUGAUUCUUGCAUUUUUAGCAUGAGUCCAGCAUAUGGUUUUUUUGAACAGAAGUGGAGAAACGGUGAUAGAAUGUUUAAAUUAUUGGGUGGUUCUGCGUAUCCUGCCAAGCCUUGGCUAAUAAAGCCACACAGAAAUGCCACCCCCAAUUCACCAGAGGCAAAUUUCAAUCAGCGGCUUUCGAAAGCUCGAACUGUGAUUGAAAAUACGUUUGGUGUCCUGAAAGGAAAAUUCAGAUGCAUCCUUGGUGAAAGGCUGUUAAGAUAUGCGCCAUCUAAAUGUGCGCGUAUUAUAAACGUCUGCUGUGCCUUGCAUAAUCUCUGCAUUAUUUAUAACAUUCCAGAAGAGAUUUUGUAG